AUGGUUUUGGAUGUAAUAUUUUUGAUAGGAUAUGUUUCAAAAGUUCCAAAGCUAUUUCUUCCAAGCUUAAUAGUAUUAUUCGGAACUUCAGGAUUAAAUCUUUUGAUUGCAUUUAUCUUCAUUAUGAGUCAAGCGAAUACAAAUAAGGAAUUUAAAAAAUGGAUGAGACCAAGGCUUCAUGUAGCGACAGCAUUUGUAUUAUUAUCAAUAUUUCAUAUAGAUGUUUUGGGGAUACUUACAUCGGAGUUCUUACACUCAGAUGUAUUUAAUGCUCCAGUUAGCAAUAGAGCAGAGAAAUUCUUGAACAAAAUUGGAUUAUUUAUGGUUUUACUUGAAGACGUAUCUCAAUUUGUUAUUCUCGUAAGUUAA